ACUCGGUUAGCUAAGCAUUUAGACUUUUCGAAUGCGCUCCACUUUUUCCAAAUUGUGUUCGUGAUAAAACGUUAUUUUGACAUAUAGAUGUCGACGGUAUAAAUGUUAUAUUGGUGUUCUUAUUUACGUUAUAGCCACAAAUAACGUUGGCGUGACAAUUAGCAGUACAACGUAGUACAGAGACUGGUUGACGUAGAGGAACGUGGCCCAAUGGCGCCAAUGUUUGAAUGCUUUCAGAUCGUCGUCCUCCCUGUUCUGUGUUGUUUAGGUAGUCGCGUUAUCUCUUAACGUUUGAGUCGUUGGUAAAUCUGUAUACGCUCGUGUGGUGAAGUUAUGGGUGUUCACGAUUUGUGGUCGAUCGUGGAGGCGGUUCGUGAGUCGGUGCCACUGUAUAGUUUGAGUGGAAAGACGCUGGCUGUUGAUCUGAGUUUGUGGGUGUGCGAGGCUCAGCACGUUCAAGCCAUGAUGGGGAGAGUUACCAAGCCUCAUCUGAGGAAUUUAUUCUUCAGGGUUUCCUCCCUCACAUUAAUGGGUGUGAAGCUCGUCUUUGUCAUGGAAGGAGAAGCCCCCAAACUUAAAGCAGAAACCAUGAGCAAGAGGACAGAGAUGAGAUUUGGUGGAUUCAAAAAGACCUCUGCUCCUAAGAUUGCAACAAACACCAGUAGAGGGCGCUUCAAAGCUGUACUCAGAGAGUGUGCAGAGAUGUUGGACUACUUGGGUGUGCCCUGGGUGACGGCAGCCGGGGAGGCUGAGGCCAUGUGUGCUUACCUGGAUUCACAGGGCCUGGUGGAUGGCUGCAUCACCAAUGAUGGUGACGCAUUUCUAUAUGGCGCUCGAACUGUGUACAGAAACUUCAACAUGAACAGUAAAGACCCUCAGGUGGACUGUUAUCGGACAUCAUGUGUGCAAGCGGAGUUAAAACUGUCCAGAGAGAACCUGGUUGGUCUGGCUAUCCUCCUUGGCUGUGAUUAUAUUCCUAAGGGCAUACCAGGUGUUGGUAAAGAGCAAGCUCUCAAACUUAUCCAGACCCUGAAAGGACAGACUCUUUUGCAGCGGUUCAUCCAGUGGAAGGAGACUAAUGCAGGUGUGUCUGAGGCAGUUGUAAAGAAGGUUCCUCACUGCCACGUUUGUCGACAUCCCGGCUCAGCUAAGGCACAUGAGCGCGGCGGCUGCAUGCUCUGUGACAGUAAGCGGUUCUGUCAACCUCAGGAUUUUGAUUACCAGUGUCCUUGUGACUGGCAUCGCUACGAACAGACCCGCCAGGCUUCGUCUUUUGAGACAAAUAUCAGGAAGAAAACACUGGCAAGUCAACAGUUCCCAUUCACAGAGAUCAUUAGUGAGUUUCUGAUUUCCAAAGAUAAACCUGUGUCACAUUUCAAGAGGAGGCAGCCAAAUAUGCUGCUUAUUCAGAAAUUUGCCUGUGACAAGAUGGAGUGGCCGAAGCACUACACCAGUGAAAAGGUUUUAGUCCUGAUGACCUACACGGAGCUGAUGAACAGGAAAUUUGGAAGAGAAAUGUCCUCCCAGAUUCAGCCAAUUAGCAUAUUGAAACCAAGAGUGAGGAAUGCUGUCGCUUGCUUUGAAGUCAUCUGGAGCACACCAGAACAUUAUGUGUUUCCUGAGGAUCGAGCAGCAGAGGCUCAGCAUGAGGUACGGACAGUAGAGGAAGAGUCUCUUUUCCGUGUAGCCUUCCCAGAGCUGGUGGAGAGCUACCUGAGAGACAAAGCUCUGGCUGAAGAAAACAAGACCAAAAAAAAGAAAGCAAAGUGUAAAAAGGAGAAGCCAUCUGAUGUACCUGAUGACAUUACAAACCUCUUGGCUCAGAUGAGCCUUCAGAGUUCUUCAACGAAUGCAACAACUCAGCCACAAAUGCCGCUCCCAGCCAUUUCAAACACAGUGAAAAUGGCAGAAGUGGUGGUUUUGGACACUCCCGUGAACCACAGACACUUUAGGAAAUCGAGAGAAGAACAGAACAGUCCGGGUGACUGCCCCAACACUCCUCUGUCUCGUGCGGACUCGGAGGCUGUUGCUUCACCGUCUGUCUCUGCUGUUAUUGAUGCUCUGCACCUGAGUGACAUCGACUGGGAUGCCUUGUCCUUCACAUCCUCUCCUCCUCCUCAAGUGGCUAAAAACCACACCACUGAGCCCAAGCCAAAUGUGUCCAUAGGCGAAGAUCUUAAGGGAACAGAGAACAAAAACACCAAACGGGAAACCUCAAGUCACGUCAAACAAGCAGACUCCAGAUCUGCCACAGACCUGUGUUACACAGAGUGUCCCCUCAGGGACAGGGUGAUCAUUAGGAAUGCAGCCAAAACUUUAAUCAAGGAGGAGGUACAUAAUGCUGUAGACCUGAAACUAAAUUAUGAGUUAGCUUCUCUUGAAGACAUUUCUGCUUACAAGUCUGACUCAUGUGAUGUCAACAAAAAAGAACCUCUGACUAAUAAAAGCCAGUGUGUACAGAAUAAGGCAGAUGGACAACUUCACCCUCUCAGUCAAGCAGCACCAGAUCAACGCAAGGUUGAGGAAAAAUGUAAUCGCACUCAAAAGCCUCCUCAGAAAUACAAAUUUGUCAGAACAGCCACGUCAUCAUCUGCCCCAAUUCAGAGGUGCCAUGCUGACCCUCAUCGAAGUGAUGAAGACAGAAAAGUGCCACAGGCCACCAAGAAGAGUGUGUGUCUGAGCGUGGGUUCGUCUAGUGAGGACAGUGACACGGAGAACCUGCAGUGUGGACCUCGGGGGAAGGCUAUAAUAAACAAGAUCACUACAGACGUCCGCUUGAAACCAGUUUUCAGAUCGAAAACAACCAAACAAACUACAGACGUCCGCUUGAAACCAGUUUUCAGGUCGAAAACAACCAAACAAACAGUGAAGCCAUCGGACUGUCAUCAGAUAUUAGGUCCAGCAUCUCAGAGACACAGUACAAAUGUUGAGAUAAACGCAUCUGUAUCGACUAAAAGCAAAAGCCAGGAUGUUGCGCCAACUCUUGCGGAUGAAAGUGUUAUCUCUCCAGCGCCAGCUUCACCUGUCGCUGCGUUUGAUAGUGAUGAUUCAGUGAUUUGUAGUGAGAGUCCACUGCCACUGGCAGAGAGACUGAGACUGAAAUUCCUGAAGUGAACACCAUUGCCACGUGAUAAUAGAAAAGAUGUUUUAAGUGGAAUGUGAAUGUCUGUCUGCUUUUAAAAACAAUUUAUCUCAGGGACGAUAUAUAAGCUUUUCAUAGGAGAAAUAGAACAUAUAACCACUUAAGUCAUUGAAAAGGAAAUUAUUAAAUGCUGUGUAAAGUGAUCAUACACUUAAUCUGUAUAGUGUAUUCAAUUUCAGCCAAUAGAUCAUUUUAAAUGUUACACACUGGACCUUUAAAUUAUUAAAUUAAUAAUCUCCUAAUUAAUAUGAAGAAUCGGAUACAUGGGGUUUUAUAAUGGUGUACCAUUAGAUUAUUUUUGGAUUACAUGUUUUGAGAUUGAAAACCUGGACCUGGAUUCAUGGUCAAUGCAGAAACAAUGACACUGUUCAAAUAUAGAAGUUCCUUAACGUUUUCUUGCACCAAACUUGGACUUACCACUACACGUUCCUCUCACCCCGAUUCUAACAGGUGAAAGGUUUACAUAUUAGCACAUUACUACGUAAUACAUGUCAUUUAAUGGCACCACAUGUGCUUAUUUUUCUCCCACUGUUCUUUGACAGGCAGAUGACACUGAGCCAUUGGUUUUACAACCCUCUAGUGUGGCUCCCCUUGAUCAUGAGUGAGGUCUUACUCACCUUUUCAGACAUGAAAGGUCUGGCAGGAGUUUGGUGACAGCUGCCCAAAUAACAACUCUGUCUCAUUGCUGGCUUGCUUUUAAAUCUGAAUUUUUCCUGAAAACAAUUCCUGGAAAUGUAAGUCAGUCCAUAUAAUUCAACUUACUUUAUAGUGCUUUUUAAUUUAUGAGCAGUUUUGUAAGUUUACACUUGAUAUCUCUACCAUUUCUUUAUUAAUGUUUUGUGUUUUUUAUUGAUUUUUUAUUCUGUAAAGCACUUUGGUGAAAUGUGUUUGUUUUUGAAAUGUGCUCAGUAAAUAAAUUUGAGUUGAGAGAUAUGA